UCAUUACGCGAAUAUUUCUAGAACUCGAAUAAUUGUUCUGGAAGUUGGACAAAUACUCUACUUCAUUUGACAAGAAAGUGAUGCUCGGGAAAACGAGGUCGAGAAAUGGAUGCGGACAAGAUUGAAGAACUGAAGGGCUUCGUGGAGCAUUGCAAGCAAAACCCUUCUGUUUUGCACACUCCGUCUCUUGCUUUUUUCAAGAAUUUUCUCCAAAGCCUGGGUGCUCAAAUUCCACCACCAUCUGGAAAAUCGGGUAGAGACGGCGAGGAACAUCAAGAUGAGAAGCAUUUUGAAUCUAAAAACACUUACGUGUCAAGUGACGACAUUUCAAAUGAGGACAUUGUCAAAUCUGAUGUUGAGUUGGAUAAUUCCGAUGUUGUGGAGCCUGAUAACGAUCCUCCUGUAAAGAUGGGGGAUCCUUCCACUGAAGUAACUGAGGAAAAUCAAGAAGCUGCUCAAUUAUCAAAAGCGAAAGCUAUGGAUGCAAUGGCUGAUGGUAAGUUAGAUGAAGCCAUAGAUCUUCUAACGGAAGCAAUCCUGUUGAAUCCAAAGUCGGCAAUAUUAUAUGCAAAUAGAGCAAGUGUCUUUCUUAAACUGAAGAAACCAAAUGCUGCAAUCCGAGAUGCUGAUGUUGCUUUACAGAUCAACCCGGACUCGGCAAAAGGAUAUAAAGCACGAGGGAUGGCAAGAGCAAUGUUGGGCUUAUGGGAAGAGGCGGCUAGUGAUUUGCAUGUGGCAUCAAAAUUGGAUUUUGAUGGGGAGAUUCAUUUGAUGCUAAAAAAGGUUGAACCCAAUGCUAACAGAAUAGAAGAGCAUCGCCGAAAAUAUGAACGUCUGCGAAAAGAAAGGGAACUGAGAAAAAUUGAGCUUGAAAAGCAGAGACGUCAAGCUAAAUCCCAGGAUGCUGAAGCUGCUUAUGUUUUAAAAGAUGGAGAAGUAAUCGGAAUUCACUCUGCUAGCGAGCUGAAAACUAAGCUGAACGCCGCUUCAAAGACAUCACGGCUUGCACUCAUCUACUUCACUGCAACAUGGUGUGGCCCGUGUCGUGUCAUUUCUCCAGUGAUCUCAAGCCUUGCAGGAAAGUACCCGAAAGUCGUGUUUCUGAAAGUUGAUAUAGACGAGGCAAGAGAUGCAGCUGCUGAGUGGAAUAUCAGCAGUGUCCCAAGUUUCUUCUUUGUGAAAAAUGGCAGAGAGGUUGAUAAAAUGGUUGGUGCUGACAAAAGUACACUUGAAAGGAAGAUUGCCCAGCAUGCUAACUAAGUCUUUUCACAGUGUAAUAACAGAGACUUCCUCAUGUAAUCGAGCCAUAGAAUUCGUGUCCUAACUCUCAUGAACUAAAUCUAUUUAUAUAUCCCAAAUGUGAAUGUAUUGUUCGGGGCGUAUCUGCCCUUGUUUGGACUCUGAAUUAUAUCUUAACUGUUUAUGAAUUACAUAAAUUACUUGACAA